GCCAUGCUGGAUGAGGCUAGAGGGCUUUGCUUGGCAACAGCGCCCUUCUCGCUCCACGUCCGCUCCUCAGCACCGCAUAGUCCGCAAAGCGCGUCUGCGCUACGUGAACAUCUCGACUGCCCCCGGAGCCACGCCAUUCCGCCUUGCCCUGAUGACAAGAGCAUUCUAGCGCUACUCUUCUGUUGCCGCACUGUGCUUCCCAAGCCCCCUCACGUGCCUGAACACAUACACGCUCCCUCGCCGCUCUCCUCGGCCGACACGCGCCUUUUCACUCGUUCCCGCCGCGACCAUCGCCCGUCGGCCCUAGUCGCGCUCCACCAUGGACUUCCAGUCUCCCCAGAACGCCAUGUACGACACCUCGAGCUUCAUCGAUCCCAGUGCCAUCGCCAACCCCCAGAUGAAUGGCGCGCGCCCCUACAACCCAAUGCCCCAAGUCCCUCAGAAGCGAGACUCCACUGGCGCCGCCCUCUCUCUAUCCCGCUCACAGACGCCCUCCCAGCAGCCCCAAUUCGGCUUCCAGCACCAACAGCCAUUCGCCAACACGCCUUCGCCCACCAUGUCGAGCCAGCACUUUGCGCCUAGCCAGAUGGGCGGCCAGCGAAUGCAGACUGCCUCGCCCGCGCAAAACCCUCAUGCGCCCCAGAUGUCGCCCAUGGGCUUCCAACCCUCGCCCAUGAACCAAGCAUUCAACGCAAACUCUGGUAACCAAUUCCCAGUUCAGUCGGUCCAGCUGUCACAAAAUCUGCAGAGUCGCCAGCAGGAGGCGCAGAGGCAGUACGCAAUGCGCCUGCAACAGCAGCAGCAGCUGGGCAACCUCGCCGCGAGCAACAUGGCCGCGCGACAAGGACAGCAGCCAGGCGCACAGAUGCCCGGCGGAAUGCAAAACCCCAUGCAGCAUCCUGGUAUGCAGCCAAACAUGAUGCAAGGUCAACCACAACAACCAAACCCCCAGGUCCAAUAUCAGCAGUUCCUUAAAAACGUUGCGGCGCUAUAUGCUCAGCAAAACCGCCCGUUUAACCCGCAGCCUCAAUGCGCUGGCCGUGUAAUUAAUUUGCAGAACCUCUACGCCGCCGUCUUGCGCUUCAAAGGCUCUCGAUUCGCUACCCAGCAGAAUGGCUGGCCGCGGAUCGCACAGAUGAUGAACAUACACCCACAGCAGUUCCCUAAUGCCCCUAACGAGUUGCGCCAGAUCUACGAAGCAAACUUGCUUCUAUACGAAACUGCCUACAUCCAGCGACAGCAGCAACAGCAGCAAAUGCAAAUGCAACAACAAAAGGGCAUGCCUCCGCAAGGGCAAAUGGGUCAGAUGGCACAAAUGGGGCAAAUGGGACAAAUGGGUCAGAUGGGCCAGAUGGGUCAGAUGGGUCAAAUGAAUCAAAUGGCUACCAUGGGUCAACAGAUGUCCCCAACAAGACCGACAAUGCCAGGACAGCAAAACAAUAUUGCAGGACAUCAAGAGUACCUUCAACAGCUGCAAAGAUCGCAGGAGUCGUUGAAGCAACAGCAGCAGCAGCAGCAGCAACAACAACAACAACAACAACAACAGCAGCAGCAGCAGCAACAACAGCAACAGCAACAGCAGCAACAACAACAACAACAACAACAACAACAACAACAACAACAACAACAACAACAACAACAACAACAACAACAACAACAACAACAACAGCAGCAGCAGCAACAAGCCCAACAAGCCCAGCAACAAGCCCAGCAACAGCAAGCCCAGCAACAAGCCCAGCAAGCCCAGCAACAAGCCCAGCAGCAGCAACAGCAACAGCAACAGCAACAGCGCCAAUCAGUCCCACCUACCCAGCAGCCCCAUCAACAAAUCGAUCCAACCGCGCACCUGCCACAAUCAACGCCGUUACAAAGCAAUGCAGCACCUCCGAGCGUCAACGGUAACACACCACAGCCAGAUAUCAAUACGCGGAAGAGCCUCAGCAGACAGUUGGAGGGAACCCCUGUUCCAGUCAAAGAACCUAACCAGGUACAACCUUCGCCGAUGAAGCAGGAAGAAAAUGCUGCAGUCGCCGAUCCGGCUUUGCAUGCUAUCGAAGGACCUGAGAGGCGGAAACCUGUGAUAGAGCAAGAUGAUGGCACAAGAGUCUACCAACCCGCAUGGCGAACUCAAGAUACCUGGGGAGGUCUCGACUUUGACUCUGACAACUUCAAGAACAUGAUCGACACCAUCACAAACUACAAGCCAAACGUGCCGAUGCUGCCAGAGAUGGGUGUGAUUGACAUCCGAGCGAUCACCAUGAGCAUCAGGUCGGGUUUGCCUGGCGAGGCGCGCUUGGGACUCGACACCCUCACACGCUUGACUUAUGACAACACUAUACAAUUCAAUCUGGCCCACUGCGAAGAUUUGACAGAAGUAUUGGUGGAGUAUGCAGAAGACCUCUUGGAAACAUUGGGCAACGACAAUCCCGAAGUCACCGACAUUAUCGAUCUCAUGUCCUACGAAGAUGUCAUGCACCACUGCCGCGAAGAAGCUGCCUCGCUACUGGAAAUUCCACAGGCCGGGACAACCGCACACCAUCUCAAUCGUACCGCUGACCGGCUGCUUGCGAUUACCACGAUUUUCCGCAACCUAUCCUUCCUCGAGGUUAAUCAUGACUCCCUAGUCAGCCCAUCGGUUCUAAAAUUCCUCGCAAACUUCAUACGCCUUGUGGGCACACGUGUUCUGCUUCUCCGUUCACACAUGAACACCUUUGAGUUCAUGAAAGACAUUGUUACUUUCUUUUCCAAUACUAGUGCUAAAGUUGUUCUGCCUAGCCGUGAAGAUGCAUACGCUGUACUGCACUUCCUAUGCGCCUUUGCUCCAAUGCCACGACCUACCGAACCUGUCAAGUUCACGCCCUUUGAUCCUCAAAUCCACCGCUAUCUUCCGUCCGCAGUCGACAGUCUCGCAAAGCUGCUCGCUCGUGAUGAUCCCAACCGGACAUAUUACAAGCAGAUCUUCAUCAACGAGGCGACAGCUACACCAGCGUAUGACCUCCUGACACGAUCCUUUGCCCUCGCCAUCUCCGUCGUGCCUGACCGCAACUACAUUGAGAACAGGAUGUACCAAUUGAAGGACCCGCGCCCUAAGGAGGUGCGCAUAUUUGAGGCGCGUAUCGCAGAAUCGCGAAAGGCCUAUCUCAUGCAAGGCAUGCUGGCUGCAGACAUCCUCGCCAGUCUAGCCCCAGGACCGGAAACUGGCAUCUGCCGUGCAUGGCUUGAAUCAGAGGACGGCUGGGCACAUACGCUCCUCAAAUUUGCAAUGUCUCUCUCAGCCACUGACGCUGCCAUCCCUCACCCUCCCCUGCCACCAAACCACCGCGGCCCAAGACCCAUGGACCACGACCGAGAAGGUUUCCAACUCAUUGUGCACCGUGCGCUAUCGACUCUCAAGCGCCUAGGCGACAAGUCAAAGGGCGGCGAGCCCCUUGUCAAGGGCGUGCAGCAAAUGAACGGACACAUGAACCACGACAGCAUGGAUGAGGACGAGGAUGAUGAUGACAUGGAGAUUUUCAGUUUCAACGGUAGCUCAUGGAGGGUAAAAGCCGAUAUUCUACCCCGCAAGGAGACGCUACUUGGUGCACUGUUGACAGCGCAACUCGACGUUCGCAGUCUAAAUCAAUUCUGUAAGAUUGGGUAUCUGGACGAGUAAAGGAAAACAAAGGAUUAACUUUUUUGGGAAAUUCGGGUUGACUUGGAGGUUUGGGGCGGGGGCUGGAAUAGAGAUGCCUUUUGUUUCUGGGAGUACUUUCAAAAGGGACCGAUUCUUUUGGGAGGUUUCUGCUUUGCAUAGUGUGUAUGUGUAUGUAUGUGUAUCUGAGUGUUUUGUGU